AUGUGUGAUAUCAUUGUUGUACCUACUUAUUUUCUUACUCGACUUUUUUAUCAAAUCCAGAAAGGUGAAACAAAUACAGCGUUCGAAGAUGUUUUCGAAAAUAACACGACGACGAAACGAGAAUCACAACCACAUGGAGAAGACACAAAGCUUCCCACAACAAAAGACGUUGAAGACAACCAAGAGCGAGCGGUAUGGGGAAACCAGAUAGAGUUUCUACUAUCCUGCAUUGCCACUUCAGUAGGUCUCGGCAACGUGUGGAGGUUUCCGUUCGUGGCCUAUCAAAACGGGGGAGGGGCGUUUCUCAUCCCCUACAUAAUUGUGCUCUUAGUUAUCGGGAAACCGAUGUAUUAUUUGGAGUGCGCUUUAGGACAGUUCAGCUCCAGGAAUUCCGUGAGGAUCUGGGCUCUUGCACCAGCUAUGAAGGGCACCGGCUACGCGCAAGCCAUCGGCUCGAGCUACAUGCUGUCCUACUACGUGGCCAUCAUAGCUCUCUGCCUCUUCUACCUGGUGCAGAGCUUCAGCUCCCAGCUCCCCUGGGCCGUGUGUGAGCCGCAGUGGGGGGACACUUGCGUGCCCUCGGGCGGAGGCGCCACGCCCGGCCCGGGUGCCGUUAGUAGCGCUGAACUUUACUUUACGAAGACGGUAGCUCAGCUGAGUGACGGCAUUGAAGGAGGCCUUGGGGCACCGAUCUGGUACCUGGCUCUGUGCCUGCUGGCGUCAUGGCUCAUCAUCUUCCUGAUCGUGGUGCGAGGCGUGAAGAGCUCCGGCAAGGCGUCCUACUUCCUCGCCAUCUUCCCCUACUUCAUCAUGAUCAUCUUACUCGUCAGAUCAGUGACACUCGAAGGGGCCUCCACUGGUAUCCUGUUUUUCCUAACACCACAGUGGGACAAACUUCUUGAAAUAAAUGUCUGGUAUGCGGCAGUGACUCAGGUGUUCUUCUCCCUGGGUGUCGGCACUGGGGCCAUCAUCAUGUUCUCAUCGUACAACGGAUUCAGGCAAAAUAUUUACAGAGAUGCAAUGAUAGUGACAACCUUAGAUACCUUCACUAGUCUGAUGUCCGGUAUCACCAUCUUCGGUAUUCUGGGCAACCUGGCCUUCGAGCUGGGGUAUGAAGAUAUAGACUCCGUCAUAGGGUCUGGAGGAACUAGUCUGGCUUUCGUGUCGUAUCCUGAUGCCAUUGCCAAGUCGCCGUUCCUUCCUCAGUUAUUCUCCAUCCUGUUCUUCCUGAUGAUGUGUGUGCUGGGCGUGGGGUCGGCUGUGGCGGUGCUGUCCACCAUCACCACGCUUGUGACAGAUGCGUUCCCUCGCGUGCCGCCAGCGGUCGUGGCUGCCGGGUGCAGCGCUGUCGGCUUCCUCGUUGGACUGGUUUAUGUUACUCCUGGCGGUCAAUACAUCCUGGAGCUGGUGGACUACUACGGAGCCACGUUCCUCAUCCUCUUCGGUGCCAUCAUUGAAAUUAUUGGAGUGUUCUGGAUUUAUGGUCUUGAGAACGUCUGCCUGGACAUAGAGCAGAUGCUGGGCGUGCGGACCUCCGCGUACUGGCGCUUGUGCUGGGGGCUCCUCACGCCGUGUCUGAUGAUCGCGGUCUUCGUCUACUCGCUGAUCUCCUUCGAACCUCUCGUCUUUGGGGAAGACUAUGUUUAUCCUUUCGCUGGCUAUGACAGUGGCGAAGGCAUUCAGCAUGAAAUCGUCAUGGGGUCCACGGCGGACUGA